CAACACAAUGCCUUGAUGAUGCAGCAGCAAAUGGCUAUUGUGCCUCUGCAACAUCAAAUUGCUUCUAUGACUCAACAUAAUGAAGGAGAGAUUCAAGAACAGGAAGCACAAAAUCAAGAAGAUAUAGCUGAUGUGCCUCAACUACAACUACAAAUUCAUGUUUGUGUUAGCAGUAAAUGUAAUCAGGUUAUCCAUCAAAUCAAGAUGUUGCUCUCUGUUCAAUUUCCUAAAGAACAAUUCUUGCAUCAAUGGAAAAAUAUUGGAUAUGAUCCCUACUUUAGAGAUAAGAAUAGAAAACCAGACAUGUCUGUAUCAUACAUUAAAAAUGGUCAUGACCAAUGUGUGAUAACAAAACUAUUUUGGCCACUUUGAUUAAGUCCUUGCCU